ACCAGCCAUAAUUUGUUUCAGUUUUAACUGUCGCAACAGGAAAAAAAAAGGGAAAUGAGUAUUCUUCCUUUAUAAGGACAUGUUCUAAAACAUGUUUUGUUCAGCAAAAAAGUCUGAGUUUGGACAAAUAUUUGUAGCCAAAAAUCAAUUGAUACGAAGUUUGGUCGUUUCAGACCAUUCUUGUCCACCUAUCCACACUGUUUGGUACAGACGGGUACCUUUAUCAGCCUUUAAUUCCAAACAACUUUCCACCUUCUCGGAGCUUGUACACGAGUGUGUCCAGUUAAAUAAACCAACGGAAAGAAAGGUAUGGAGGGAGGGACAGAAGCUGGACCUGUUCCUUCCUAAACCCACCUCACCCCUUCACUCCUACCCUACUCCUAAUCCUAAUCCCAUAAUCCAACCCCAAACAUAGGUGUUAUGCCACACCCAUGACUGAUGAAUGGUACAGGGGUUACUGCCUCAAUAAUGGAGAGAGGACACCUCCAGGGGGACCUUUAGAUUCCUCAUACUCGUGGGAACUAACCAAAAAAACACCAGGGAACCUAUAAAGAAAAACACCCCUACCCAACUGGAGAUAAAGGAGUCCUCCAAACUCUUAUCAUCUCAAAAGAAAAGCUAGAGGAUAAUCUCCUCACUUGGGAAUCUUUAGAUUAACAAAAUACACCUUAAACCCAAUAAGAUUUCAGGGACUCAGAGACAUAAGAUGGCGAUAGAGCUCACAAAACAAAAGGGUGAGCCAACCUUGAAUGCACACAAAAAUUUCCAAAUUUCAGCAUCUAGACCUACCACUGGAAUCGCCAACCCCAAAAAAACUGGGGCCAACGCUAACCAAAGGUGGUACAAGGUUGUAAGUCUUAGGACUAAUAUUCAUCAAAAAUCAAUUUGAUAUGUAGUAUGGCAGUUUUAGACUAUUCUGGUCCGCCUAUCCUUGCUGUUUGGUACGAACGGGUACUAUGUGUCUCUUUCAUACUGAACGCUGAUUUUCCACCUUCUCACAGCUUAUGAGGGGUACUAAAUUAAAUAAUCAGAUGGAUGAAGGUAUGGCGGGGCAGGAGCCGGACCUGUCCCUUCCUAAACCCACCUCACCCCUUCACUCCUACACUACUCCUAAUCCUAAUCCCAUAAUCCAACCCCAAACAUAGGUGUUAUGCCACACCCAUGACUGAUGAAUGGUACAGGGAUUACUGUCUCAACAACAGAGAGAGGACACCUUCAGAGAACCUUUAGUUCUCUCAUGACAACCAACCCGAAUAAAAACAAACACGAGGGGAACCUGUAAAGAAAGACACCACUACCCAACUGAAGAUAAAGGAGUCCUCCAAACCCUCAAACGAAGAGCUAGAGGAUAAUCUUAAGACUAACAAACUACAUCUCAAACCCAAUCAGAUUUCAGGUACUCAGAGGCAUAAGAUGGCGAUAGAGAUGACAAAACAAAAGGGGGGAGCCAAUCCUGAAAAGAAUCAGGCAAAGAAAACCCUGAACGCGCGCAAAAAAUUCCAGACUCCAGCACCUAGACCAACCACUGGAAUCGCCGACCCCAAAAAAACCGGGGCCAAUGCCAACCACAAGUGGUAAAAAGUUGUAAGUCUUAGGACGAAUAUUCGUUGCCAGAAAUCAAUUUAAUUGCUUUAAACUAUUCUGGUCCGCCUAUCCUCGCUGUUUUGGCACCGACGCAUGUUGCCUUCAGUGAUCGUGUUAUUUUACUUAAUAACAGACCAUUAAAAAAGUUUAAACGCCGAAACAGGGAGUACAGUCAGACCGGAAUGAUCUAAACCGACCAAACUGCACGCCAUCGCCCCGCAGAACCCAGGAAUACACCAAACAACUCAACACGAUAUCCUAUUCCACUUCAGAAUCGAGUCUUAUCUUGGGAUUCCUCAUUUCCGUCAUUAGUCGCGGGUAUUUCUCAUCGAGAGACAAACGGACGCGGAUGACGCAUGCUUUUAUAAACGUACACACCAGAGUCAACAUAAGUAAAGCAUAUAUGGGUGGAGGUCAGGUGGGAAGCCAGUCGAACGACGUUCAUCCAAGAUGAAAGGGGUUACGGGUUGUCUUCUGAUAUGCUUGAUCAUCCCACUCGCCCAACCCUCUCAUGCAGGAGAGAGAAAGAGGCCGAAAAGAGAGAUGGAGUUGCAAGAGGAACUUGAGACCCAAUCGGAAAUGUUCGACAAAACGAAAGCUCCGAAAGUUAAUAAAACCGGUUCUAUACUAACACGAAUACUCCCAUUUGACAUCGAUCAGCCAAGGCCGCUUCCGGUCUCUAUAGAAAUUAAGACUGGUUCGACGCUUUGGUCAGACCUAGGCACCCCAGGGGUCAUUAAUUUUGAGGUGACAAACAACCGGGAAGUGCCAACACGAUUCAUCUUUAACGUAAAAGACAACAACAAUUAUAUCAGAAGAGUAGACCCACUGUCCUCUGCCUAUAUUAACUCGGGAGGGACGACACUGGUCCGAGUAGAGCUCGAAAGCAGGCAAAGAAACUCCGGACCGGACAUAGUCACUUUGUCGGCUGGGUGGACAGGGUCGAGUGGUAUUUAUGAAUAUGUCACAAAAAAUGUAUACUUUUACUCUGGAAUGCAAUCUAGUGAUUCCUCAAGACCAGAUAUCUGGUAUACAUAUGGAGGAGAUUGCUAUGGGGCUGAAACACCGCACAACUGCCAUUCAAAGACAUGGAGGGCAGAUAUCAGUAUCCAAGAUUCAGGAUCAGGACUAAUAAAAAUCAAGUCUGAGCCGGUGGGGAUUACACUUAGAAAGGAAUUCAUUGCCGGGACGAGGGAAAUUGUUGAAGGAUUCUAUUCUUCAAGUUGUUGCCACACAAAAGUCGACGUUAUGGCCCAAGAUGUAUUUGGAAACUUUAGAACACUCACUAUUGACAUAGAAAAAAAAUGGCUGACUGCUGGUGAAAUAAGUGCAAUUGUUUUAGCUGUUCUUUUAAUGAUUUUAACAAUAGUUUUAAUAGUUUAUCUGAUAGUGCGUUGUUGUAGAAGAAAGCACAGAACGCUAACAAUAUAUCCAAGACAUAGACCGCAAGCAGCUGAAUGAUGCAGCACAGCUUUCCACCCAUUUACCGUUUAAAUGUUCCUACCACAUCAUUUAGAACAUAAUUAGCACUGUAAAUAAUGUUUAUUAUUACUUUUUUAUUAAUUAUUCCAUUAAAUAUUGUCACUAAUGUAA